UGCUCUUUCGAGGACUCGCCGACUCGUCUGCGGACUGGCACAAUGGAGAGACGCCGAGCGCCUGACGGCGAGCUUUACACAAAGAGCCAGUUCGAGGAGUGGUUCGGAGGACUCGAGGAGUGGGCCGCUGCGGCGCCGCAGCGGGAGCAGCAGCCGCAGCAGCAGCAGCAGCGACGGUCGCGCCAACAGCAGCGAGAGCAACAGCGACCGCCGCAGCCCGAGGAAAAGCCGGCGGAGCCGGCCGCUCGUCCUCGCCGCGUCCUCGCCGCCGGGUCACCGCUCUUCCAGCAGGUGGUCGCCAUCCAGCGCGACCGGCAGAGCUUUGCCGCGGUGGAUCGCGACGACAAGAAGCACAUCAAGCGGUGGCAAUCAACGAGCCGGUGGGAGCAGGGCCAGGGGCCCGAUGCCAAUCGCGAGGGCGGAGCUCCCGCCGCUGCCCCUGACUAAUCGUUGUCGGUGCUUCACCGUGGAGUCGCUCCGGCAGAUAGGUAGUGUUCCCGGGGGUUGUACACAGCUCACUCUCAGAUAGGUGGGUACC